AUGGGCUCCAAAGACGACAAUGAUCGCGACGUGAGUGGCGCUCGCCGUGCUGUCAAGGGCGAUGCUGGACUUGCGAACCCGCCUCCGCCAGUCGGGAAGCAGAAGAAGAAGUCUUUGCUCAUCGGCAUCAACUACGUCGGCUCUAAGCAUGCUCUUGCUGGUUGUCAGCAGGACGUGGAGAACAUCCACGAAUUCCUCACCUCCCAAGGCUAUCCCACCGACCAAAAGAGCCAAGUCAUCAUGCGCGACGACGAGCACACCGACCGCAACGGCCGCUUCUGGCCCACCGGCGCCAACAUUCUCGCCGCCAUGCAAUGGCUCGUCUCCGAACCCGGCACCUGCAACUUCCUCCACUACUCCGGCCACGGUGGCCAAAUCGCCGACACCGACGGCAACCGCGUCAGCGGCUUCGACAGCACUAUAGUCCCCUACGACUACGAGAGCAAAGGCCAGAUCCCCUCCGGCAUCCUGCACAAGACGCUCGUCAGCCAUCUUCCCCCGAAGUCCACCCUCUUCAUGAUCUUCGACUGCUGCCACUCCGGCUCCGCCGCCGAGCUGCCCUACAUCUACCGCGCCGACGAAGACGGCAACAUCAGCAUGAUGGACAACCUGAAAGCCGGCAUGCGUCUCGUCGGCGCCGCCAACAACCUCAUCCAAGGCGGCUUCUCCGCUGCUGCCGUCCCUGAAGCCCGCAACUUGCUCGCCGGCGCGCAGAGUUUCUUCAAGGGGAUGUCGCAUCAAGGCGGCGAAGACGAGGAUGGCCUCGCAGCGCAGGACUUCGCGGAGCAGUAUGAGCAUGAGAAGAAGAAGAAUGUGUGGAUGUACAGCGGUUGUGAGGACGACCAGACGAGCGCGGAUGCGACGAUCAAGGGCAGUCAUGUGGGCGCGAUGAGCUAUGCUUUCUUGGAGACGAUGAAGAAGCAUGGGCCGAAGCAGAGUUAUAUUGAUGUCUUGGCGAACACGCGGGCGGUGUUGCAGGGCAAGUAUACGCAGGUGCCGCAGUUGAGUGUUGGGUAUGAGCAGGAUUUGAAUUAUGAGAUUCAUAUAUGA